AUGACGACGAGGAAAACGACCGAGCCCGAACAGGGACCACAAUCAAACGCUGGUGGUGACAACAAAGCUGGCGUGAAUGAAAUCGAAUUCAAUUGCAACUUUUUCUACAUAUCCCCCAAGGACGCCAAAGUGAGAGCUUGGGAAGCCUUUGUGAUUUUAACAGUUUUUGUUUCCUGCAUCAUUGAAGUUUUGAUGGCCACAUUUUCAUCUGGUUUCUUGUCGAUGUGGGUGAUUGCUUACUUUUGUGAUUUCGUUUAUCUUUUCGACAUUAUUAAGCAGUUCUUACAGGCAUAUGAAGUCAAUGGCGUGUUGAUACGAAAUCGGGAGACGACUUUGCGCAUUUAUGGCAGGAAGAGAUUUGUCCUGGAUCUGCUGUCGAUUCUUCCAGGAGCAAUCGUCUAUCCCUUUUUUCCGGCAAACCAGGGCUGGGAUAUGAUGGCUAAAGUGCGUCUCAAUCGCAUCAUUCGUUUCCACAGAAUAUCCGCAUUUUUCAAUGCUCGGGAGGCAGAACUCGGAUCGAGUACCAGCAAACUUCGGACGAUUAAGUAUUCUAUUGUGUGCUUUUUGUUCGCGCACUGUCUCUCCUGCGGCUGGUACGGCAUGGCUUGCGGGGUUGCCGACAGGUCUGAUAUGACCCGAACUUGCCUCAACGAUAGCUGGGUUUAUAACUUUGAUAUUGGUGUGGACCCGACUAACGCCACUGUUGACGACAUGUACGUUGUAUCAUUCUACUUCGCCAUGGCCACCGCUACAUCAACUGGAUAUGGUGACAUCUCGGGCAGCACGUAUCCAGAGAAAUGGUUUUGCAUUGCUGGCAUGUUGGUUGGAAUAGCUGUCUUCUUCGGCAUGCUGCUCGGAGGCAUGACGUCACUCUUGACUAACUUGGGAGCCCAGCGCGCCCAGUUCGCUCACAGAUUAGGCACGAUCCAACAUCAUCUGAACGAAGAGGGAACUCCGGUAGAACUGAUGAGUACGGUGACACGGUUUUAUGAAUAUAUCUGGUAUCGAAAGAAAGGGGUGAGCAGUGAAGGCAUGUUUGAUACUCUUCCAAUUACCUUUCAAGAAGAGAUUUCAUUGUCUAUCAACCAACGAAUCAUUGAUAAGGCACCGAUAUUCAAGGAUUUAGAUGUUGGUUUCAUCCGCCAGCUCUCAAUGAAGAUAAAACCUGCCCUUUGCCUGCCUCAUCAAUUCCUCGUCAACAGGGGCGACAUUGGCCAGCAGAUGUAUUACAUUCAUCGCGGAGAGGUUGAGAUACUUGGUGAAGAUGAUGAAUCGGUCGUUGCCAAGCUGGCUAAGGGUCGUAUCAUAGGCGAGAUCAAUCUGAUUCACAGUCUGCCGCGGACUGCCUCAAUUCGGGCGGCCACCCACUGUGAUCUAAUGUUGCUGGAAAGAGGAGAUGUCCAUGAGCUGCUGCCGCACUAUGCCGACGUCGCCAAGAAGUUACACGACCUAGCCAAUACGAGAAUAUUCAAUGCUAAGCCCUUGCAGAUGGGCGGCAAGGAGGCGACUGGGAAGAGGAAGAAAAGGCGCAAGGCCUCUGCAAAGAACAAUCAAAUGGAAGCAAUUGUGGAAGACAAAGAUUCAGAGCCGGCCAUGAAAUAUAGGCCUCCGUCUGCCCCCGCGACCGACCACGGCGUUCACAGCAUCAUGGAGAGAAGGAGCAGCCUGAUGUACGAUGAGGGACAAGCUACCAUUGUACACAGGCACUCGGUGACAAAUGAAGACGGACUUGAAAUCAUUGACGACAGGCGAUUGAAUGCACCCUCGGCGAUGACACCCACGGAGGAGCUGGAGGAGGAAGAGGAGGACUUCUCCGAACUGAUCGAGGUGCACAGGCCAACACUGACUAGGAGAUGCUGGGACGCUGUGAGUGACGCCUUCACAACUAUAACGACCACGUUAAUCAAUCCGAAGUCCAAGGGGUACAAAAACUGGGAGAUGUUUGUAGUGGCUGUGGCCUUUCUUAUCGCAGUUUACAACACAUUCCUGGCUUGUUUCGCCGGUUUUCAGGAAGACUCAGGAUACGGGUCUCCGUCCUUCGGGUAUAUCUUGAUUGCCGUUGGUUACAUACUGGACUUCUUUCUCUGGUCUGACGUCGUGGUGAACCUCCGUACCGCUGUCUACACUCCCAACGGCAUUAUGCAGAGUGAGAAGGAGAUUAUCCGAAAUUACGCCAAGAACUACCUGUUUGUAGACUUGGUUUCCAUCCUUCCCAUCGAGCUCAUCUGCCUUGCUGCGCAGACCACACAACAGAAGUGGAUUCUGUUUGCCUUCCUCAAGCUCAACAGACUCAUUAAAGUUGUAAAGGCUGCGGACCAUUUUCAGAAACUUGAAGCAUCAUUGGACCAAGACAUCGUCUCGAUUCGUAUGGCCAAAUGCAUCGUCUACAUCUCACUGCUGUCUCAUUGCUUCGCUUGUGUGUGGUUCCUCUCUGGUUGCUCGGGCGAUGCAUGCCGAUCAAUGAGCUGGGUGACGCAUAUUAACCUCUUCAAUACCGACGCUAAUGUCAAUAUUGGCAUGCGGUAUGUCCAGUCUCUCUACUGGGCUGCCGCGACCAUGACGAGCACGGGAUACGGAGAUAUAUCAGCCCAUACCACCCUUGGCAGGGUUGUGUGUAUUGUGGCUAUGCUCAUCGGUCUCCUCCUAUAUGGAUACUGCCUCUCUAUCAUAGCUGCAACCCUUGCCAAUAUGGAUUCUGCAAAAGUAACAUAUCAAGCGAAGCUCUUUGCCGUUAAAGAAUUUAUGACUGAAAAUAAGCUGAACGAAUCAGUGAGAGAAAAGGUGAUCGAGUGUCUGGUCAGACAAUUUGCAACAACACGCGGAGAAUUCAUCCCCGGAGGCCGGCCUCUGCUGUACGACGUUCCCUUUGGACUUCAACUGGAUAUUGCCAACAAGGACGCCGUGGAACUGGUGGGAAUGAUCCCGCUCUUCCGCAAUCUGGAAGAGCGCUUCUUGCGGAUGCUGACGCUCAAGGCCAAGGGCUAUUUGUUCACCCCUGGUGACAUCAUGAUUUACAGUGGUGAAAUUGGCAGGGAGAUGUACCUAAUCAAACAAGGUUAUUGCGAGGUGCUUUCAGCAGACCUGAAGACACGGUAUGCAGAGCUUGGUCCUGGGCAAUACUUUGGCGAACUCGGCGUGAUCUUCUCCGGCAAGAGAACCGCAACUGUCCGCGCUGUGACCUACUGCUACGCGCUCAUGAUAACCAGGGACGACUUAGAGGAACUAUUCAUCGAAUUUCCAAUAAUUAGAAAAGAAUUCGAUGGUCUCAUCGCCAAGGGUAGUAAACAACUUCUGACAGUAGAGAGAUUGCACCACACGGCAGAGAAAAGUGAAUCGGUCGUGCACUCGAUCAUGGAUGUUAUUGAAUCGGACGAAGAGGUCAAGAGACAGAAGACAGAGGAUGCGUUAGAAGAAGAGAGCAAGAAGUCGAAACUGAAGGAAUCCAUCAGGGUAUUUCACAAGAGAGAGAACGGAGUUCUUGACAAGGAGUACCUCAAACCCUUCUCCCUUCUCAAUCUCUUUCAAAAGAUCCUCGCACUUUGCCUGUUGAGGUGGACGUUCCUGCCGACUGGGAAAUGGCUGGAAGCGUGGACCGUCUUCAGGGUGCUUCUUGCCAUCGUGGUCACGUGCACCUUGCCCAUCCACAUCGCCUUCUUCGAGCAGAACAUUGCCAUGUGGGUGAUUAUGUACACCUUCGAUCUCAUCUGCUUGUUGGAUAUUUACAUCAACUUCCACAUCGCCUUCUACAACGAGAACAAUCUACUCAUCACCCAUCCUAUCUCCACUGCCAAGCAAUACGCCAAAACGAACUUUUUCAUUGACCUUCUGGCCGUUCUACCAAUAGAGCUAUUCGUCUUGGCUGCUUUUCCGACAAUUGAAGCAAGUACGGUGCAGCUGUUUGCGUUGGCUCGAAUCAACCGUCUCAUUCAGGUCUAUAGGUUGCCGAUGGCGUUCAAUUUCCUUGAAUCGAGAAUUGAAAAAGAGACUGGAACUUUCAGAAAAAUAAAGUUCGCUUUCUACACGGUCAUAUUCCUUAUCAUUCUGAAUUGUUGCCUCUUCAUGAUGGCGUGCCCACCAGACCUCUUCAUCGCAGACGACGUGGAAUACGUAGAGACCGGUUCUGGCCACAGGUGCAGGGCCAACACGUGGCUGAGCCGCUCGGGAUACGACCUCUCUCAGGCAGACGUCACCACCCUCUUUGUAAUCAGCAUCUACUGGUCAACGGCUACAACUGUAUCAGUCGGGUAUGGUGACAUCCAUGCUACCGCUGGAAUCGAUAUUAUUGAGAUGGUUGUUGCUCUCUCUGCGAUGAUCAUAGGCGUGGUCUUCUUCGGUUACAUCAUCGCCAGUGUUGCCGCCAGUCUCGCUAACGCCGAUGCCCAGAGAGCUCGCUUCCAGAAGAAGCUAGAAAUGAUCAAUAAAUUCCUCAAGGAUCAACAAGUAAACGACAAACUAGCAAACCGUGUGAUAAGUUACUACGAAUACAUUUGGAUUCGGACGAAGGGUGUUGACCCUGAUACACUAUUCGAUGGCCUGCCGCUGUCAUUGUGGGCAGAUGUCACCUACUCCCUUUACAGAGAAAUCAUUGGAAAGGUCGCUCUCUUCGAAGGCACGGAGGUAUCAUUCAUGAAGAUGUUGUCGCGUUGCAUCAAGCCAGUCCUCUAUCAGAAAGGAGAUUAUGUCGUGCGCAAGUUUGACAUCGGCAGCGAGAUGUUCUUCAUCAACCGCGGCGUUGUAGAUGUUGUGUCAGAAGAUGGCUCCAUUGUUUUCGCGUCCAUGAAGGCUGGCGCAUUCUUUGGAGAGGUAGCACUUCUGUUCACAUGUCCAAGGACAGCAUCAAUCAGGGCCAAAACAAACGUCGACAUGUUCGUGCUUUCAAAGGGCGACCUCGAUAGCGUACUACAAUUUUAUCCCGAAAUCAAGGAACAAGUUUACAAGGUAGCCGAAGAGCGACGAAGCGCUGCCGCAGCAAGGGAAAAGAAAGGCUUAGACAAGCCAAAGGCAAAGACGAUCAUUAAGAAACCAAUACCAAGUAUUACAAAUGAUGACAAGGAUCGAUCGGAGACGUCAAAAACCGACAACGAAGAAAAGAACAAGGAUGGAGGUGGCGCCAAGGAAGAAUUGGGUUCACCGGUAAAAGAAAAAACGCAGGCGAGCAACACAGACAACAACACGAACCAAAACGCAGGCGACAGUGACAAAAAAGAAGAUCCGAAAGAGGGUGAGGGAGAGGCUGAACCAAAACCUGGCCCUUGUCGCCGUUUGAUGGAGAGACUUGAUAAAAUGAACCGGUUCACCAUCAACCCGGCUGGCAAGUUCAUGCAGUACUUCAGCAUGUGCACCACGAUUUCUGCUAUGAUCGUCGGAUGGACCAUUGGAUUUCAAGCGGCAUUCCAGGAUCACCACCCAGCCAUCAUGGUACUGAAUUAUCUCGCAGAGGUAAUCUUCGUGGCGCAGAUUUACGUCAACUUCCACCUGAGUUUCCGUGACAAGUACGGGGAUUUGGUCGAGGACUUCCACGCCGUCUACAUGAACUAUCUCAAGACUCCUAAAGGAUUCGCUCUCGACUUCAUAGCAACAUUUCCCUUGGAUAUCUUUGCUUUAGCGGCCCCAGCCGACAGCCAGUUGAAGGUCCUAAGCUACCUAAGGAUCAUCCAUCUACUGCAUCUCUACCAUCCCUUCAAGUGGUUAGGCCGAUGGGAGAAGGAAUUGAACGCAGAUGUGCUAACGGUCAGGUUAUUGCGAUCCGUCUUCGAGCUGGGCCUGGUGAUCCACUAUUUUGCCAGCAUCUGGUACUCGAUUUCCUGCCCUGGAAACGUAUGCCUCUCCAGCCAGACAUCCCACACCUGGACGAGCUCCAUCGCCGCAGAUUAUCAUUUGCGAGAUAGCUCACUGAAGUAUUGCGACAGCGUCUAUUGGGCUGUGGCCACCAUGACCUCAACUGGCUACGGAGACAUCAGCGCCCAUAGUGUAUUUGAGAUGUUGUACGCCAGCCUGGUCAUGAUAUGUGGCAAGCUACUUUUUGGUUUUGUCCUGGGAAACAUCGCCUCUACACUUUCCAAUGAAGAGGCACAGAGAACGGAGUAUGACAACAAGCUAUCGGCAAUCACGUCUCAUCUCGUUGACCAAGAGGUUCCAACCACACUCACACAACGAGUGGUUGGCUAUUUCAACUACCUCUGGAUCCGUAACCAGGGAGUAGAUCCCAAGGGACUUUUCAAGGAUGCACCCUACUGCAUGAUCGCAGAGCUCACCUUGGAGAUGUCCUCAGACAUGUUCGCCAAGAUCAACCUCCUGAACACUGCAGAGGACGCCUUCUUCCGUCUGCUUGCCGAGAAGAUCGACAUUGGCUUGUACAUGCCAGGAGACAACAUCAUCAAGAAGGGAGACAUCAUCACUGGGCUCUUCUAUGUCUAUAAAGGAGAGGUUGAAAUUGAGACUUCAGAAGGAACUUACAACACCAUAAAAGAGAAAGAAACCUUCGGUGAGGAAAACCUCCUCCAUCAAAUGACCAGCAAGGUGACCGUCUGUGCGAAGACACACGUCGACCUUUUCAAUUUAUCAAAGAAGGAUCUGGAUGAAGUGUUGGAGCAUUAUCCUGAACUAAGAGUUGAAGUGAAUGAACUUGGGCACGAUAUGUUUGGCAUUACGUUUGCGCAUGAUGGCGAGUGA